AUGAAUUCGCUUGCGAAAAUCUAUAAUCUAGCUAAGUUAAUAAAUUUUUCCGGUUUGUUCUUCAACCUAUCCUGUUCUACGAUACGCUAUCUAUCUAUCUAUCUAUCUAUCUAUCUAUCUAUCUAUCUAUCUAUCUAUGUGUGUGUGUGGGGAUACAGGAAGCGUAUCGGCGCGUACACAUUGUUGCAUCCCUCUGUGUAUAUUUGUGCAUCUAUCUAUCUAUCUAUCUAUCUAUCUAUCUAUCUAUCUAUCUAUCUAUCCUUUCUUUUUUCCUUUCUAUCUUUAAUUCUUUCUUUCUCACUUACGCUCUCUCUCUCUCUCUCUCUCUCUCUCACUCUUUCUUUCUUUCACGGUUUAACUUUCUUUCUUUAUGCCAGUCUUUCUUUGUUUCUUUCUUUUUGUUUGUCUGUCUUUCUAUCAGUUCUUUCUUUUUUCUUUCUGCCCGUCUUCCUUUCUACUCAUAUUUCUUUCUUUCUUUCUUUCUUUCUUUCUUUCUUUCUUUCUUUCUUUCUUUCUACCAGUCUUCCCAUUCUUUCUUUCUUUCUACCAGUCUGCCCUUUCUUUCUUUCUUUCUUUCUUUCUUUCUUUCUUUCUUUCUUUCUUUCUUUCUUUCUUUCUUUCUUUCUUUCCGUCCAGUCCGUCUGUCUUCAUUUUUUCUUUUAUGCCCGUCUGACUUUCUUUCUACUAGUCUAUUUUUCUUUCUCUCUUUCUAGCUUACUUUCUGUAUAUCUUUUUGUUUGCCUUUCUUUCUUUCUUUCUUUCUUUCUUUCUUUCUUUCUUUCUUUCUUUUUCUGCCUGCUUUUUAUAUCGGAAAUAAAACCAGCAUCUCUCUCGCAUAUCUAUCUAUCUAUCUAUCUAUCUAUCUAUCUAUCUAUCUAUCUAUCUAUCUAUCUUCGACUUUAUCUCGAUCUCUCCCUAUAUCUAUCUAUCUAUCUAUUUAUACCCCCCUCUCUCUCUCUAAAAACUUUAUAA